AUGGGUCCAUCUCUGAGAGAUCACUCGUCCUUCGUUCGUCCGUCGACUCGCGACCGUCCGGCGACGCGCGAUCAAGGGGAAAAUUCGCUGGUCGUUCCUAGUCGCACCUCCUCGCUUCACUCUCGUAUCACCCAACCCAUCCCCUCGCAAUCCAACGCCAAACCCGCCCAGCGGACACCCAAAACUCUCACCCAUGCCUACAUGGUCUGCGGUGUCGGCCGCGAGCCCUCGCAAUGGGUCAAGGCUCCCACCCCCACCCAGGGAAAGAUUGGUCACAUGAAGGGUGCUGUCGGUCAAUUUUGGCUGCCCGAGAUUCUGGGAAGCAGCCCCAGGUUGGAACAGGAUAAUGAGAUUGCGAGAUCGCUCCAUGCCGCCAUGAGGGCGUGUUUCCCCCACGACGUCGAGAUUUGCACCGGAAAGAGUCAGCCUCACUGCGUUCACCAUGCCUUCGUCUUGCAGCAGGAUUCCUCCCACACUCUCUACGGUAUCGCCUUGCGUGUCUGGUCUCGUGCCGACGAGAAGCGCGCUGAGACGAUCCGCGAAUUGCGCAAGAAAACCGAGCCCGACUUCUACGACAACCCCGACGAGACCUACUGGAUCCCCUACUGCCUGAGCUUCCUCUCGAGAUACCCUCUCUACGAUUUGCUAGGCGACUACCUUCGUGGUAUGUGGAUCCACUGGAACAAGGCCACCAACCUCUUCCACGCUGAGGAAGUCUCGCGGAUUCUCAGCUUCCCUGCCCCGCGACUCAACGAUCUCGUCAGAAUCGAUAUGAAGGACUAUGCUUUGUGCUAUCAAUUCCCCUCGUCGCCCACCGGAUUCCAGAACUUUUCCAUGUGGCCUUUGUUCACCUGCUUGUCAAUUCCCAACAUCGUCGGUGUGAUUGAGGCGGCUGUCUCGCCCACGCGUCGUAUUAUCUUCGUCAGCCACUACCCUUCCAUGUUGACUAUUGCCGCUGAAACGAUCCGUUACUGCGUUCGUAUCUACGAGUGGAGCGGUUUGUACGUCCCCAUGGUGCACGCCCGUCACAUCAAGGACCUCGUCCAAGAACCCGGUCCUUACAUUCUGGGUGUGACCGCUGAGUGCCGAACCCUGUUCAAUGCACCUUCCGAUGCUCUUGUGGUCGACCUCGACCGUAACUUCGUUCUCACCUCCAGCCCACCCAACAUCCUGUCCGCUGGUCAGCGUACUAAGUUCAUCAACCGGUUGACGCAGGCGUUGAAUGGUGAUGUGUCGCCAUCCGGUGUUCCCAACCAUCUUCGUUCUGCUUACGCUGGUGGAAAGCUUAUUCCCGCUGGUCAGAUUAUUGUGAUGCGAGGGGAGGUUGAGAGCGUCCAGGAUCCUUCGUGGUGGAACCAGGAUUCCGUAAUGAAUGUGAUGGAUCACGUCUGCGAGAAGCUAGGACGCAACACUGGCAUGAAAGCCAUCUUUGGUGGUUCAGUCAAGAAGCCCCUCAUGACCAAGGUUUCUAUGCGCCAUCUCAACGAGAUUGUGCGUGAGCGCAAUCAGUACUCUCGUGACGCUAUGGAAGCCUGGCAAGACUUUAUCAACCUCAAGGGCCGUAUGGAUACCGAACUCAGCAAGGUCACCAAGCGCAACAACUUCUUGGUUGAGGAGCUUGAGACCUGGAAGCAGCAGUUCCUCAAAUUCCAGGCCUUCGCUGAGCAGCUUACCAAGGAGACCUCUGAGCUCAAGGUCAAGAUCGAGACCCACAAGCGUGAGAACCGCCGUCUCACUGGACUCAUUGAUCAACAGAAGGAUGAUGUGGCCCGUCUCACUCUCCGCCUGUCUGGCACUGAGAAGCAGCGUGAUGAUGCUCUGGAGGCGCUUGUUCUUCAGCAGGAGAUCGCCGAAGAGCUCGAGCGCGAGCGGAAGCGCAACCAGAAGGACCUUUCUUCAUUGCAGCACAGCAAUGCUUCCCUCUCCCGGCAGCGUGAUGAAGCCCAGCGGGUGGUCCUGCAUCUCCGCGGCUUGAUCAACGGCCAAACCCAUCACAUGGAACACAUUGUUCGUUCUAUCGGCAGCACCGCCGAGCUCUCUGAGUUGGCUGAGCAGGAGGCUGCUGACGAACCCAAGAAGAAUGAGCGCGUGUUUAUCAAGUCGGAUGUUUCGUUCAAGAGAGCAUCUAUGAGCACCUUGACCGAUGCUAACAAGGCUGGCAUGAGGGACAUGACCCCUGAGUUGGAGCAGCAUCUCACAAGUAUGGGCAGAGGACACAACCGCCUCGCAAGGCUGAGCAUCACUGAUGUCGCCGAUCGCUACCUGCGUGACAAGACCGAUGCAAUUUCCGACAUCAUCCGUAGCAUCAGCGACCAGUGUGCCGCUGCUGUCGAGGGCUUGCACCUUGCCCAGGAUGCUGAAGAUGACGAUGACACUCCCAAGACCUCGCCGGAUGGCACCCGCCUGGCACCCGAAUUCGACACCCAGAGCCAGCAGUCCACCCGCGAUGGCAGCGAGCUGGACGGGGACAACAACUCCCUUCACCCAGACCACCGGGGCUCUAGUGUCCCACCUACCCCAGACCUAGUGCACAACCGGUCCAGUACGUCGAUGUCGAUGAUGAGCAGCUCGACAUUUCCGGAGAGGGGGAGCCAACAGUAUGGGCCCGGCGAAAUCCCGACCCGGAUAGUCGAGGAUGACGACGAGCACGCCCAUGAGACGGAUGGUCUUGAUGACCAAACCGAGACCGGGACCUUGUCCAAGCAGGCCAGUGAGGAUCUCAUCUCCAACAACUCCCGGCUAGUCGCGUAA